AUGUCUCGAACCAGGUUCCAAAUAUUGCGAAAAUAUUUACAUUUUAAUGAUAAUUCUCAACUUAUCCCAAGAAAUCAAGAUGGAUAUGAUAAAUGUUUUAAAAUUAGGCCAUUUAUUAAAGAGAUUCAAAAUAAUAUGCAAAAAUUAGAGAUGGAGGAAAGAGUAUGUGUUGAUGAAUUAAUCAUCCCGUUCAAAGGGCGGAGUUCUUUAAAACAAUAUAUAAAAUCGAAGCCUCACAAAUGGGGUAUCAAAGCAUUAGCUGGAUCCUCCGGUAUUGUAUAUGAUUUUAAGAUUUAUGCAGGAAAGCAAACUAAUCCAACACCCUCAGAAUUAGGGAUAAGUGGUGAUAUAGUCCUCCAAUUGGCUAAAAAUAUCCCGAAAUUUCAAAAUCAUAAACUCUUUUGCGAUAAUUAUUUUUCUUCAAUAGCAUUGGCUAAACAAUUAAAAGAAAAAGGUAUAUUUAUGGUAGGGACUAUUAGAAGUAAUCGUUUGAAAGAUUGCAAGUUAAAAUGCGAUAAAGACUUUAAAAAAGAAGGUCGUGGGAGCUAUGUAUAUAAAGUUGAUAAAAAAGAAAAUAUAAUAAUUGUCAAAUGGUAUGACAAUAAAUUUGUGCACAUCAUCUCAACACUUGUCGGUGUUCAUCCGGUAGUAAAUGUAAAAAGAUGGUCAUUGAGUAACAAAGAAUAUAUUGAAGUUCCAAGACCAAAUGUAUUAAAAUAUAUAAUGAAGGUAUGGGAGGAGUCGAUUUACACAAUAUGCUUGUUGAAUGCUAUAGAGUAG